UUAAGCUAGCAAGUUUUUCAAUCGAAGAAAAUAUCAUUAUUUUCUAAUUGUUUCACAUAAUAGCAGUAUUUUUUAAACACACAUAAUUGAUCAAAAACAUGGCAGACUCAUCAGAACAUUUACUGGCGCUGAAAGUAAUGCGGCUCACUCGACCGACACUGGUCAGCUCCCAGAUAGUGACCGCGGAGACAAAAGAUUUACCCCAGAACACUUUCGAUAAAAUUCUCAAAACGACCGCCACAACGGUGCAGGAUAGUGAAACGUUAGCCGCUGGUCAGUUCAUGCUACUACCCCAAAGCUUCGGUAACAUUUAUCUGGGUGAAACGUUCUCCAGUUAUGUGUGCGUCCACAACUGUCGCGCCCACCCGGUUAGCAACGUAUCGGUGAAGGCAGAUUUGCAGUCAAACAACACACGAAUCAAUUUGCCUAUCCAUGCUGACAAACAGGGUCCGGUGAUGCUGCAUCCGGACGAAACACUUGACGACGUUAUCCAUCAUGAAGUGAAGGAAAUUGGAACGCAUAUUUUGGUAUGUGAGGUAUCGUACAUGACGCCAGCUGGACUGGAAGCAUCGUUCCGGAAGUUUUUCAAAUUCCAAGUUGUCAAACCUUUGGACGUGAAGACAAAGUUCUACAAUGCUGAAACUGAUGAGGUUUACUUGGAAGCUCAAAUACAGAAUAUCACUGUUGGACCUAUCUGUUUGGAAAAGGUUGAGCUUGAAAGCUCCGAAAACUAUACGGUGGUUUCGUUGAAUAAUUUACCUUCUGGGGAAUCGGUGUUUUCCCAGAGAACAAUGUUGCAACCGCAAAAUAGUUGUCAAUUUUUAUAUUGCAUCAAACCAUUGCCAGUAAUUUUGAACGAUCCCAUGGCGUUGAAAGCAGCUAACAACAUCGGUAAGUUGGAUAUCGUGUGGAGAUCCAAUUUAGGAGAACGCGGCCGACUGCAAACAAGCCAGCUACAGAGGAGUCCUAUUGAAUACGGGGACCUUCGUCUGACGGUAAUUGAAGCCAACAGUACCGUCAAGAUAGGCAAAGGAUUUGAUUUCAAGUGUCGAGUAACGAAUACGAGUGAACGUUCGAUGGAUUUGCUGAUGAAUCUUAACACGAAAGCCAAAGUUGGAUGCGGUUACACGGGACAAACCGAGAUAAGUUUGGGACCUCUGGAACCGGGAAAAUAUAAAGAAUUCAAUUUAACGGUUUGCCCCGUUCGUCUGGGGUUGAUUACUGUUACCAACCUACAGCUGACGGACGUUUUCAUGAAACGAAAAUACGAGUUCGAUGAUUUUGUGCAAGUUUUCGUAGUAGAUGAAGAAUAUAAAGAAGAAGAAUUCCAGUUGGACAAAUACGUUCGGUAUAGCAUUCUACAGUCUGUUUAGGGUGUACUUUCAGAAACCAAUUUUAUUUAUUCAAGAAGAGAAUGUUAUUACAGCAAAUAAACAA